UCUUCCCCAGCUCCUAGUAGCGCGGGUUCCGCCCCGCCACCAGAGUCCCGCCCCUCGCCCGGCGCUCCGCUCCACCCCCCGUCCCUCCGCUUGGGGUCCAGCGCCGCCUGUGCUGCGGAGGUGGCUCCGUCGGCGCUGAGAAAUGGACCAAUUUUGACAAGAUGUAGUGCUGCAGUGUGCCUGAUGGGAUAUAUUCAGUCAUGGCAUCCGAACUUUGUAAGACGAUCUCUGUGGCAAGGCUGGAAAAGCACAAGAAUUUGUUCUUAAAUUAUAGGAAUCUGCAUCAUUUCCCAUUGGAGUUACUGAAAGAUGAGGGACUUCAGUACUUGGAAAGACUCUAUAUGAAAAGGAACUCCCUUACAACCUUGCCAGAAAACCUUGCUCAGAAGCUUCCAAACCUUGUGGAACUGUACCUCCACUCAAAUAACAUUGUUGUGGUUCCGGAAGCCAUUGGGUCCCUUGUAAAACUCCAGUGUCUGGAUCUUAGUGACAAUGCCUUAGAAAUCGUUUGCCCAGAAAUUGGUCGUCUCAGAGCUUUACGUCAUCUUCGAUUAGCUAAUAACCAACUGCAAUUCCUACCUCCAGAGGUUGGCGAUUUGAAGGAGCUGCAGACACUAGACAUUUCUACCAAUCGUUUGCUAACUUUACCCGAGAGGCUUCACCUGUGCCUUUCUCUGCAGUACCUCACUGUGGACCGAAAUCGUCUAUGGUAUGUGCCGCGCCAUCUCUGCCAGCUGCCCAGCCUCAAUGAGCUCUCCAUGGCUGGAAACCGUCUUGCAUUUUUGCCACUUGAUUUAGGUCGAUCUCGAGAACUACAAUAUGUGUACGUGGAUAACAACAUUCACCUGAAAGGCUUGCCAUCUUAUCUGUACAAUAAAGUCAUCGGGUGCAGUGGCUGUGGUGCUCCCAUUCAAGUUUCCGAGGUGAAGCUGCUUUCCUUCUCCUCAGGGCAACUAACCGUUUUCCUCCCAGCCGAGGUGAAGGCCGUCGGGACAGAGCGUGACCACGUCCUGCCUCUGCAAGAGCUGGCCAUGAGAAGUCUGUAUCACACCUACCACAGCUUUCUAAAAGAUCUGAACUUUCUGUCUCCUAUCUCGCUACCCAGAAGUCUCCUGGAGCUGCUGCAGUGCCCCCUGGGGCACUGUCACCGGUGUAGUGAGCCCAUGUUUACCAUCGUCUACCCCAAGCUCUUUCCCUUGAGAGAGACACCGAUGGCAGGGCUGCACCAGGGGAGGACAACUGUUAGUUUUGUGGCUUACUGCUGCUCUACCCAGUGUCUGCAGACUUUUGACCUGCUGAGCUGAUAAACACUCAAGACAAGCGUCUCAGGAGCACUGCCAGCUUGACACUGCGGCUGCCUGCACGUCGCACACUGCGCGGCGGUGGGGAGAGUCCAGCCAGGCCAGAACAGGCACUUCCACCCUGUCCUGUCAAAUGUGGGGGCACUGAGGAACUCUCUGGAAAUGUCACAAUUGGGCUUCAGAGCUAAAAUGCCACCACUCUUCCCCCAAGUUGGAAUAUAUCCACCUGCAAAUUAAGGACCCUUUGUCUUCUGUGUUUUUCCUUUUUAUGUGAGUGUGUCUUACACCUAAACUAUUUAGAUUGGUGAGCCUCCCAAAUCUAAUUUAAAGCAAGUUUCCAGUCCCUGAAGAACCAUAAUUUGCUAUUACAGCCAAAUUAACUUUUGAUCACACAUACCUUCAGUGAUACUUCUCAUCACUUUCUUUCCCCAGAGAAUUAUUUCCCCAAGAGGUUAUUCUCCAUGGUUUCUCCAGGGGGAACUUGUCAGUUUUUAGAGUGUCAGCAGUCCCCCGACCUUGGCAGUCUGCAGCAGCAGGGUGGUAGCCUCCUGUGGAGGCUCAGCAAGGAUCCCAGACACACACCCUCUGGCAAGUUACAACCAUUUAUAAGUUUUGCAUUGUAUUAAGAGACUUUGUGAUGGAUUUUUAAAACAAAAAUGUAGAUUGUAAAGAAAUACAUUCGUAUUGUAAAAGACUAUUUACAGAAAAAUAAUUUUUGAAAUUUUUUUAUUUCCUGAUAAGAUUUUUUUGAAGACAUAUUCGAAGCUUUCCAAAAUCUGAUCCUUUGUCGAUUUAAACAGUUUCCAUAUAAUGAGAAAGGGGGAGAAAAAUACACAUCAAAACAAGACCUCCAGUGUUCUUGUUAGAUAGGUUUAUGGUUACAUGUAUACUGACUGAAGUAUUUUUGUUACAUGUGACAAACAGACUUCAUGUACUUCUACUAGUUUUUAGCAGGGUGAUUCUAAGUACAGCCUGUGCACAUUUAUUUACCUGCUGCAUGAGAUUAUCUUCAUUUUGACCCUAGUUUCUUAUAUACUUAACAUAUUGUCCAGAUAGCACUGAGAAAAUACAGGAAAAGCAGGGUCCAAAUUCAGCCUUGGACUUGCAGGGAAGUCCAGAAACAGAAAGUCUGUGAGCCUCCACCCUGCCAAAAAGAACUGCUCGUCAUGGAGGAGUCACGUAUUUGCUCUUUCUUUGAAAAGAUGGCAUUUUAACAUUGCUCUGCUGCCAGAUGUUCAUCUGGUUGCUAUGAAGUGAUUCUUUUUUUAAUUUUUUUUUAUUUUAAUGAUGCGUUUUCUAAAAGGCAGGACUGAAAUGAGAACCAAGAAGGUUUACUUGGUAGAAAAAUUAUUUUCAAAAAAUUUCAGACUUAAUCAAAAAUUUGGUUGAUGGAAUUUUAUUAUCUAUAAUGCUAGGCUCUAGCAGUGCCAAAAAAUCCUACAUAGUUACUGACAAAUGUGUGAUCUUUUUACAGUCACACCACCUGCUGCCCAGAAAACACACUAUCCACGUAGAAUGGCGAAGGCAGAAAGUUUCCAUGUGUUCCCACUGUAUCUGCACUGUUCUUACUUCCUCUUGUCCCUUUUCAUAACUUGGUCUAUUCAGCCUUAACAUUUCAAAGGCUUGUAGUAUAAUAGGAACUGAAGAUCUAUACCAAAAUGUAACAGUUCUUUCAUCCUUUGGAAUAAUUGAAGUUGUAGCAUAACCUCUACAUGUAUAUAAGUUGGCAGAUGAAAAAACGUGGCAUGAAACUUCACAAAUGUUCUUCAGGCCUAAGUGACUGCUACCUGUCACUUAAGUGACAGUAAAUAUAUCGCUACAUCUUUCUGUUUCAUCCUGUACAAUCCUAUGUCUUGGAAUGGAGCUAUGCAAUGUGCUAACCUGAUAUUCAGGAUUCUCGUUGAGACAGUACGUUAGUUUUACUUUGUCUGAAAUUUUACAAAGAAGUUUACCACCCAAGCAACCUCUCUCUACCCAUUAUAAACUGCAGUGUGCCGAACACCAGCAGUGGGCUGGGAAAGCAACCUUUGGGCAGUCACAACCUAAAUCCUUGGGUGCAGCACCUGAGCUUAAUUGAUGAGAAAUGGAACAUAUGUGAUUUCCCUGGUGCUGUUCAUUUUGGAAAUUUUGUGCUGGGUUCCCUGAUGUCAUUCUUAAUCUUUUGAUGUUAUAAAGGAAUGUUGUCGACUGGAGAAAAUUUGCUACAUGCUGUGUAUUUGGACUGUGUCCAAAGCUUUUCAGAAUAGUGAAUCUAAAAUUAUUAUAUAUGUUGUUUUCUAGAGCAACAGUUAUGGUAGGUAGAAAAAUACCUCACACAAGUAAGAGUAAUGCAAAAAAAAAAGUGAGCUACUUGGAAAGUAUCAUCUGUUCAGGUAAGUUUCCAUCAGUGAGUUCCUGUGUGGUUAGUGGUAACUUUUAAAGUCCAGGAUACCUUCAUAACAGAGGCCUUAUGAUGUAGUACAAAGGGGACCCAUUUUAGUGGAUUUCCCUAUCAGUGGUCUUGAGUGUGCCUGAUUGUUAUCAUAACAGAAACCUGACUUACAUUGUGUAGGUGAAAUGUUGCAUCUUCAAUUAAUAUGUACAUUGAGCACACUUUUAAAAUUUCUUAAAUGAUUAAUUCACAAAAGAUCCCUGGCUGGUGGAGUAUCCACUCCAGCUAAUAGAGAAGAGUGAUGAAUUUCUUUCUUGUUUAUCUGGUCUUCCGGUUCUGGAAAAAUGAGGUGUAUAUUAAACAGCCUGUGGUCAAUGGCUCACUAAAACCUUUCA